GCCUCUGUCUGAUCUUGUGAAGAGUCCACACUGCAGUCUGCAGACUCUGAGCAUCGAUCACAGGGUGAUCACAGCUGAUGAACAAAAGAAACGUCACUCUGAUGUCAAACCGGAUGUGAUAAAAAAGGCACCAUUAUCCUUCUCACCUGAAAAGACACCUGAAUCUUCAUACAGGUUCAGGUGUACCAGUCCAGGUCUGUUCCAGUGUGAUUCGACUAAACUGGUGUUUGGGAUGACUCAGGAGGCGGAGCUGCAGUACAGGACCAUCCAAUGGGAUGAGAGCCUCCUCCAGUCAGCUGGCAAGAUGGCUGGAGGGAUGCUGUUCAAAUUUGAGAGUUCUGAGAAAGCUGCUGUCUGUCAGCUCCACUUCCCACACUGUGAAACAAAGGACGCUUUGGCUCAUGUUGAUGACCUGUUGUCUGUCAUCCACAUCACUGAUGAUGGAAUGAGCAUCUUGAAGCCGCUGGAGAUCACAGACACUCAUGUGGUUGUGAAGGUCGCUCACCUCAGUGCCUAUGGCCUGGUCUGGGAUGCCGUUAAAAGGUUUCUUAACAUGACGAUAAAUGGUCAAAUCCUGCUGUUCCUUCGACCCCCGAAAAGAAAGCGACAAGUACUCGAUGUAUUUUUACUGCAGGAGAACAUCCCAGUGUCUGAGGUUGCUCUCCAACAAGGAGAUGCUGAGUACGUCAAGAUCACUUCAGAGUGUCAUCUUAGCCUUGGGGAAAGUUACAGUGUGCAGUGUGACCCUGAGGGCUUUGGAAUCCAACCUGGGAGUGUAAAAUUUCGCUCUAAAUAUGGACCAAACUUCCAUCCAACAUUUGAAGUUUUCCUGACCACGAUCCCAGAGGAGCUGACUCUGCUGGUCCAGGACCAAGAGAAGACAGAAGUCUUUAAACGUGAUGUGUCUCUGGAAGGUUAUUUUUCAGAUCAGAGUAAACAUCCACAGAAGAUCCUCUUAACAAAGAACAGCGAUCCUGAGAAGAUUCUGAUGUCAGUCCGGACAGACUUUGUAGAGAGUCUGUCUGAACCUAGUCUGAACAAGCUUCUGGAUGUCCUUCAUGAAUCUGAAAUUAUAAAUGAUGAUGAAAUUGAGUCAGUCAAAAGCCAAAAAUAUAAAGCAGAAAAAGCCCGACACGUGAUCGACAUGGUGCGGAACAAGGGAAGCGAGGCCAGCUCAGUUCUUAUCACUGCUCUCUUUGAGGUGGAUCCUUACCUUUCCACUAACCUGAGGCUGCCCUCUCCAGGUCCUGCCCAUAGACUGUGUUCAAGAAAGUGACGCAGCUACCGCAGCUUCAUGCAUCAGCCUUUCAGCUUUUUUGUAGGUGCUGGUCUGGCAUUGGUCGCUGCCAUCUUGGCUUUUUGGAGCCAGAAGUGAUCAUAGAUGAGCUCCAUCAAAGUGACUCUGCAGGUGACAUAUUUCUAACACCUGUCACACCUUAUUUUUCUGUUUUGGUCGUGUGAUGGUCAUCUUUGUUAUUAUUAUGCACUCAUUAUUAUCUUUUUGCUUUUUAUUUUAGAGAAAUAUUUGUUUUUUAUCAUUGUGUGAUAAAUGUAAACAUAGACAUGAACAAUAUAUAGUUUAAGUUUUAUAAACAUAAACUACAUAUGUAUAGUCUGUAGGCAUGUUGUAAUGAGAGUGUCCAGGUUCAAAGGAGUGAAUGGCACAUUUGAUCGUUUAUUUCACAUUCACAGGAGUCACGGGGGCUGGCAACUCUUUAUUUAUUUGGAUUCACGAUUCAUCCAGAUCUUUAACGGACACCUGGACACUCUCAUUACAACAUGCAUCGCUAAUGUUGUCAACAAUCGUAAGUUCCUGUAGAGACUCAGACUCAGCAGCACAGACCCGGAUCCAGAUCCAGAUCCAGAUCCAUCGGGUAAACCCGUACAGAACCCGAGAAUCAAAGAACCAAAGGACUUCCUCCAGUCAAAUAUAAGAAGAGAAAUACAGCAAUAACCAGGAUGAUAGAAACUUUAUUUCAAACUCAAACACGUGUUUUAUGCUCAGAGACUAAAAACAAUGUGAGAAAUGAACGUUAUGUAUGUUGUUAUUAAUAAUGCUCUUAUUCGCUGCACUUGAUUUAACACAAUGGACUUUAGAGGCUAAACACUGAGAGGAGCAUUUGAUUUGCAGCAUUAUGUCUUAGUAUAAUCUGUCAUCAAUAAUUAUGGACUUUAUAUUCGCCACAUUUUUAUGACGUCAUUUACUGUAUUUACAUUUGAAUGAGUGAUGCUGACUGUGAGUUAUGCGAAUAUAAUACUGAAUAUAAUGCAGCUCAAUAAAAACACUGUGAACUA